AUGCCAAAACAACUGCGAGUGCGUUCACGCGAUGCCAUUUGCAGUCCCAUUCGUCACUCCCUGCUGGCGCGCGGUCGAAGGAACAACCCCCUCUUUCUGCCUAGCUGGUACCUGGAUGAACUCGUCUCCUUUGCCCGACCUUCACCACACUGCCGAGCUGUUAAUCAGCGAUCUGAACUAGUCUGUGCUAAUGUGCUUCUUUUUAACUUCCACGUUAAGCAUCUCUUUCGUAGCUCACAGAACGUUUUCAGACCGAUUACGGAAUGGAUUCUCCCUUUCACUGGCCAAAACGUUGGCUUCCAGUUUGUUCAGGAAGUUUCCAUGGACGCGAGCUACCUUGAAGAGUUCAUAUUCGAUCAGAUGAUGGCUGUCAAGCUCAUUGAGCCAGGAAAUUUUAGGAUCAAGUCGAAAGGUCCAUUUGAGACGAAGUUGCCGCAAUAUUUUACGGAGGGCGUAGUCGGUGUGAUUAACGAAAAACGGCUUCGGAAGCUAACUGCCUCUCCUCCGGGCCCAAAUGAGGAAAAAUGGGAUAGCAGCAGCAGCAGAAGGAGGAGCAAGAGGAAUGCCCCUGGCGAGUCUCUGGCCGUUCACUCUCAGAAGAAAGGAAUGAACGAGAGUACGCCACUGCCACUACCGUCGCCGCCGCGGCCGCCGUUGCCGCAAGCGCGUGAGAAGGAGAACGAAUUCUUAGUGGUCAGAUCCCUGGCGCUGCGUGGGUGUGAUCUUGAAACAGGCUACAUUCCACGAAGCGAUCAUUAUCAACAUCAAUACGAACCUGGUGACCUGAUAAUCCGGCUAUUAAUUGUCUGCUGUCCUCGACGUUCGGCUGAGAUGAGCUCAAAUUCUCUCUCGACUCAACUGGAAGUUGGUCGUCUACUUUGGGACGGCCACAUUCCAAGCUACUCUACCACGUAUCUACCGCAAAUUGUUGCUGUGACAUUGCUGCUAUGCUUCUGCAUCAGCCAUAUGGAGAAGACUGCGAGUCGGAUGUACGGAGGACUCUUGUCUCCUGGGAUGAUCGGUUCCUUCGGGGGUUUCAUGCCACCUCCGCCUCCCUCCAACUUCUACGAUUUGGCUGCCCUUCAACAACAGCAGCAGCAGCAGCGCCUCCUUCAACAGAGACCCUCGUCCAACUCAGCCGCGUCAACGACUUCCACGUCAGGGACUUCUAAUGCGUCCUCGACGACGGCUGCAUCAGGCGGUGGCGCUGAGGCCUCGUCUCCCUCCUCCACCUCCGCCCUCCAUUCCGAUCUCUUCAACGCAGCAAGAAGCGCUGCCACGUUCCCACCUCCCCGGCGCUUCCUUCCCCCCACCCUCCUCCUCUGCUUCCGGCAGAACAGCAGACGAAAAAACUAG